AGGUGCACUGUGGGUAAGACGUCUCCCGGCGACGGCGGAUCCAUGGCGGCCAUCGGGGUCCACCUGGGCAGCAGCUGCGCGUGCGCGGCCGCCUAUAAGGAUGGUCGUGCAGAUGUUGUCGCUAAUGAUGCAGGUGACAGGGUUACUCCUGCUGUUGUUGCAUUUUCCGAAAACGAAGAGGUUGUUGGUCUGGCAGCAAAACAAAACAGAGUGAGAAAUCUUUCAAAUACAGUGGUGAAAGUGAAGCAGAUUCUCGGGAGAAGCUCUGGUGACCCACAAGCUGAGAAGUACAUUGCAGAAAGUAAAUGUACAGUCAUCGAAAAGAAUGGAAAACUAAACUAUGAAAUAGAUGGCAAACUUGUUUCCCCAGAAGAUGUUGCAAAGCUUAUCUUCAGUAAAAUGAAAGAAACUGCUCAGUCUGCUUUGGGCUCAGAUGUUAAUGACACUGUGAUUACGGUACCUUUUGACUUUGGAGACAAACAGAAGAAUGCCCUUGGAGAAGCUGCUACUGCAGCUGGGCUUAAUGUUCUUCGGUUAAUUCAUGAACCAUCUGCAGCUCUGCUGGCUUAUGGAAUUGGGCAAGAUUCACCUAGUGGAAAAAGCAAUGUGCUGGUGUACAAGCUUGGAGGAACAUCCCUUUCUAUCACGGUUAUUGAAGUCAACAGUGGACUUUAUCGUGUUAUUUCCACGAACACAGAUGAUAGUAUAGGUGGCAUUUGUUUCACAGAAGCCUUAGCACAACAUUUAGCCUCUGAGUUUCAAAGAUCUUAUAAAUAUGAUGUGAGGGAAAACUCCAGGGCCAUGAUGAAGCUCAUGAACAGUGCUGAAGUGGCAAAGCAUUCACUAUCGACACUCGGAAGUGCCAACUGCUUCGUUGACUCCCUCUAUGAUGGGCUGGAUUUUGACUGUAAUGUGUCUAGGGCCAGAUUUGAACUUAUUUGCUCUGCGCUUUUUAACAAAUGCCUAGAAGCCAUCAAAAAGCUCUUGAAGCAAGUUGGACUUACAGCAGAUGAUAUCAAUAAGGUAGUUCUCUGUGGCGGAUCUUCUCGCAUCCCAAAACUGCAGCAGUUGAUCAAAGAACUUUUCCCUAGUGUGGAAUUGCUGAACUCUAUUCCUCCAGACGAGGUCAUUCCCAUAGGGGCUGCCAUGGAAGCUGGGAUCUUGCUAGGAAGAGAAAAUACUUUUUUAGAUGAUGAGAUACUGCCUAUUGAAUGUUCUGCCAAAGAUAUCUUAGUCAAGGCAAUGGAUCAGUCAGGGGCUGAUAAAUUUGUGGUGGUGUUCCCAUCAGGAACCCCUUUGCCAGCCCGAAGGCAGCAUACUCUACAAGCCCCAGGAAGCAACUCCUCUGUCUGUCUAGAAUUAUACGAGUCUCUGGAAAAGAUCCCCAUAAAAGAGGACAGCAGAUUUGCACAGAUUGUCCUCCAGGAUUUAGAUAUCAAGGAAGGUGGUCUGCACGAUAUCCUAACUGUUCUCACAAUGAAAAGGGAUGGAUCACUGCACGUUUCCUGUACAGAUCAAGAUACCGGAAAAUGUGAAGCCAUUACUGUAGAAGUGGCAUCGUAGUCUUAAUUUAGAAGGUUCUGUUUUUUUAAUUGUUACCUCAAACCAGGUUUUAAGUGAGUGAUGCCAUGUGUACAAUACAAUAAAUAUAAUACAAUGAAAA